GUUUUUGGAUUUCACUGCUACUCGUUGCAUGAUACCUGUCUACGCUGCCUUUUGAAGUUAAGACUUGCAAAGAGCCAUCAUCAAGGCCUGCCAUGGGAGAUGCUGAGGUUGCGCUCACUCUCAGGGUGGUUUGGCCGAACGAGAGGCCUUCGGAGACUCAGCAUUUUUACCGAUGUACGUUUUCAAGACUUGGCCAUUGAUCCGAGAUUAUUGAGAGGAUUGGAGGUGGCCCUAGGCCCAGGUGCUCGCCUCACUUCGGUGCAGCAGCAAGCCAUUUUGCGGCAGCUUGAGGAUCCUUGUCAGAAGAGACCAGACUUGCUCUUGCAGGCUCACACUGGGACUGGGAAGACCAUCGCAUUCCUGUUGCCUGUUUUGCAGAGGCUUUUGGCUCUAGAGGCUGAUGGACAAGUUCAAGCUGCUAAGGGUGUAUUUGCAUUGGUUUUGGCACCGACUCGGGAGCUAGUCUUGCAACUGGCCAAAGUUGCCAGCGGACUGCUGCUUUACAGCGGAGGGCAAGUGCGGAGCUCCUUCGUCGCGGGUGGCUUCUCGAUGCAGGAGGAUAUCGAGCGUCUCAAAGCAGAUGCGCCACACAUCCUUUUUGCAACACCUUGGCGUUUAGUUCACCACCUGCAAUCCACACCACAUUUUGUUCGUGCACUUGGGUCAAUCGAAGUAUUUCUUCUGGAUGAAGCAGACCGAUUGCUGGAUCCUGUCUUCAUACACAAGGUGGACUACAUCUUUCGGUGCUUAUCUUCCAGGCCGCAGAUGGUUCUUUGUUCUGCUACGUUCAGCGAGCACAUCCGCAAGUUUGCCAUGCGAUCCCUGCGAGCAAACCUGGAGGUGAUCAGCACUGUGGAGGCGGAUGCAGCCAAAGCUCAUUUGGAGGUUGCGCAACCAGUGGAUCAGGUGCUUGUGCGCUACGAGCCCCAGAAGUUUUUGCCGGUUUUGCACGCCCUCUUGGUGAAGGAGAUGCUUGUCAACAAAGGUGAGCCCAAGCGCGUGCUGGUCAUUUUUCCAACUGUCCGGUGGUUGCAGUUCUUUUACGUGUUGUUGAAACACCGUGCCAAUAUGCCCGGGCUCUUGGCGCUGCACCGGAGCUUGGCGGACGACCGCCGCCGUAGCCGGGCCUUCCGCUUCUCGAGGGGCGCCCCUGCGACCAUGGGCGCUCUCUUUGCCACUGAUGUGGCUGCACGGGGCAUGGAUUUUGAUGUCCACACUGUCAUCCAAGUGGGACCCCCCGAAGACCGAGAGCAAUACGUCCACCGAGCAGGCCGAACAGGACGGCUGGAAUCAAGUGGUCGCUCCAUCCUGUUGCUCAACCCGCUGGAAGAGAGAAUACUGCAGGAGCUGAACGGUCUUCAACUUCAUCGUGAAGAAGCCGUUGAGGAGGAUGAGAGCUUCAGCUCCGUAGAGAACAAUAUCCAUGGAUGGUGGGAGGACGCGGGUUUGUCAGCAUCAGGGCACCUAUUCUUUGCCAGUGCAAUUGCCUACUACUUGAAUGAACUGGGCCGACUGCGAGUCAAAGCUGGAGAAGUGGUGCAGACCGUUUCUGGAUUACUUCAAUCCACUGGCUUGCCAAAGGAGUUCGGUCUUCCAGCAAUACCAAGAGGCCUUGCGGACAGGUUGAGACAGAAGGACGAGCUGGUGGCUGUGAGGACAGAAACUGUUGAGACCUUAGUUCCGAAUGGCUUCCGUUUUUGCGAAGGGUCCUGGCGAAUGCGGGACAGGGGCAGGCGAGAGAGCUUUUUCCGCUCAGGACUUGUUGGUCAGGUCAUGUUGUGCACCUGGCCUCCUGCGGGAAAAGGGGGUUGGUUUAUCAGUUUAGUUUUGUCAGUAUGUAAAAGAAAACAACUUCGUGGGCUGCGUUUUUCCGGAUCCCAGCCCUACCUACAGACUGCCCGGCACAAGUCGGUCUUCAGCUUACAUGUCCCGGACUGAGAAUGGCGGACCUUUUUGUGGCUCUGCCCACCGAAGGGGGCAGUCUGCACACCGCUGGCCUGGUGUGGGGCGUGAUGCUGUGGAGCGGAGGCAGCUUGAGGCCAACCCACCGUUGUGCCCGGUGGAUGACAAUGAGAUGAUGCGCUAACAUGCUCAUUGGGCUCCUCCGGGGGUUUGCUGUCUCACAGCUUUCCCCAUGUCGGGCUUAUUGCGUCAGCAAUCUGCGCCGGGUGAGCAGCACUACAAGAAGGGAGGCCGCAAUGCCGAAGCCGCCGAGGCUGCCCAAAGGAGCGAGUUUCGAUUCCUUUUCAGGAGCCCCUAGUAGCUUCUUGUUCCUAGUAGUAAGGCCAGGAGCCCCUAGUAGCGUCUUUGCACGUUAGCGAUGCCAGGAGCCCCUAGUAGCUUUUGGGGCCGACCGCAGUGCCGAUCGCCCAACUCUGAGGUCCGAGAGCGGUGGGAUGUGCUUUCGGCGCUGACGCCUCAUCCGUCUGCCAGGGGAAGCCCAGUGCCUCGCUGUGAGGCGGAGUGCCAGAGUGCAGACUUGGACAAGGGUGUGGAUGCUGGAUCGUUUGGAAAAAUCUGAGAAAGAGAGGUUGGAGUUGCCCCAGGGCGUUGCUUGCGUCUGGCACAUGCUCCAAUUGAAUGUUCUGUGAGAUUUUCUGAUCCUGUGCAAUUGUGCACUGGUCGGUCAGCUGAAGAUGCUUG